UCAUUCUUCGUUUUUGUUUUAACCCGUGCGCAAUACCGGUUUAAUCCGCGUGUCUAAUUUUCAAUCUUAUUGUACCUACAUACUGCCUACUGUACGUGUGUCUGUGAUCUUCGGUGGUGUUUUUUCGGUGCUUUGAUGACACCUGUUUCGAGGUAAAUUUACGUGGCGUAAUCGUUGAUCUUGAUUCAUUAUUAUGAUCAUUCAUUCGUUUGAUAAUCGAUAGCUCGUGGCGUAUCAAUUAAAAGUCUCUUCCGAUAUCGUCCGACCGCGUACGAGAAUUUGUUUAAGUGGUUUUUUCAUUCGGCUUACAACUCUAUAAGUAUUAUCUACUCGUAAGAUGAUGAUGGAAUUUACCAAUGGCUACUACUGUCCGACAAGUCAAACGUUUAGGAAAACGCAAUUCCACCAACAACAAACUUGUCCCGGCUCCUUGCUGGAAUAUUAUAAUACCACAUUUUGGAGAAGUGGACGGAAACGGAGAUAAAACUGCUUCACUAGCUGGAGGUACAUAUAAACUCACUCCACCACCGUAUAGAAUGCCACCCCAGCCAUUGUAUAGUGAGCCAGCUAGUAUACCAGGUUCAGCAACCCCGAAGAUUCAACAAAUACACACACAUUCCAAUAAAUUUCCAAUCGAACGAGAAGUCAUCCUGAGUAAUUAUGAUAAAAAUUCGAAAAUUCCCAUUCUGAACGAAUACCAUAAAAAACAAGCCAAAAGUACCGCAGUAGCUCCGGAUGCUCCGAAUAUUCAAAUGGCUUGGACAGAAGAUAGAACUAGAACGUAUAGCGAAGUUCGAAACGCUAUGGGUUCUAAUAUUCCGGAAAAUAUCGGCGUCGAAUUUCACCGCACUUACAAGGCGCAACCGUUAUCGUUAUUAGAAACAACAAACGGAACCGAGCCAUCCCCGAUCAUAAAUCAGGAUGAUUCGAAUGGAUUUACCUCUCCUAGUUACUCAAAAUCAUCCGGAAGAUCGCAUUCGACACCAGACGACGGAACUCAACAACCUGCUAAGCCAUUUCCAUCUCGCACGUAUCACACCAUAAAAGACAUGAUAUCGAGCAGGUUCAGCAAACAGAAAUCCGAUCAAAUACCAGAAACGGGUUUAAAUAACAGCGAAAGCAACGAAACGAUGAAAACGGAGAAUAAUAACUUGAGCCCUCACAGUCAACUGGUGCAACGCGGCGUAUACUUGGCUAAUUCGCAACAAUGCAAUAGAAAUGUAAAUUACGGUUCAAAUAACAACGGUAAUAUGGCAGAUAUGGCCAAACGAAGUCAAGAAGUAAGAGAUCAAAUUAUCGGCCAGCAGUGCCAGCAGCAAAUGCAAUACAGAGAACGAGGAGUAGAUGUCGGCCAAACGGCUGGAGUUUCACAGCAAGCAUCCUCAGCGGUCAUCGGCAACAAUGAUAACAACUGCGUGGCCGGCAGUAGUAAACAGUAUUAUCAAGACUGCUCGAAUCGUGCCACCUCCAGACAAUCCAUAUUAGAUAACGAAACGCCUAAUAGAUUCAGAGAAGUGGAGCAGCAGAAUGCCAAUGCGGCGGCGGUCAGCGCCGCUAAUCGAAGAUACGAACAAGUGCCAUCGAACGGUAACGUUUCCAGAAAUAUCAGACGUUUUCAAAACACCCCCGGUGAUAUGCCAUCUACUUCGGGUACUCAGUCAGCAGUCUACAGUCGACCACCAAUACCUACCCAAAGACCGCAUUACGUUCACAGUGAUAAUUACCCAGCACAAAUUCCCUCGACUAGUAAAGAAAAUCUGCACUAUACAAAAGAUACCAUGCACGAUAAUCGUACCGGUGUCGAUAUUCGAAAUGGCGUCUCCGGUAAUCAUAACGCUAAGUACGAAGAACGAGAGUAUCGUAAAAACGAUAGCCAAUUACCUAGUGAUAUAAAAUAUAACGUUGCCAAUGCCAAUGCCAUGGAACGACGUAGUAUAUCCAGAGCUCGAAGUAACGAUCAUCUGCUUGAGGCAAAUAUUGGUAAAACGUCGCCUUAUGCUAGAAAGGAUUUACCUCUGAAACAGAAAUCUAAGUCGUUUGAAAAUUUAGGAAACGAUGUUAACGAAGAUGAAGUUGAUAAGAUUGAUUCUAAAUCUAGUGGCCCGAUUAGUGGGCUUAGUUCAGAUUAUGAGAAGCAUCGCGGAGGAGGAGGCCAAUCCGAUUCUGGUAGAGGGAGCACCGUUUACAGUAGCGGAAAACUAAAGCAUACUGAUACUAGUCCUGAUUCUUCAGAACCCCAUCGAAUUACCGGUAAUAAAGACAAUCAAUGGGUGGACAUGGUUGAAAACGAAUUAAAACAUAUACUAGAACCGAAGUCGAACGCCAGUAUGGCUAAUUCGACGUUGAGUGAUAGCUCAACAUCACCUCCAUUACCUCCAGUAUCUCCUGAUGUAUCAUCAGACGAGAUGGCACCUACGUAUAAACGCAAAAACUCGUUGUACGGUAGUAAAUUAGAAACACCUUAUAAAGCAUCAGUACCUUCUAGUCACCAUAGAAAUUUAUGGAAUUCCAGAAGUAAUACAAAAGAAAAAAUCCACCAGCGUUUAGCCGUCAGUAUGAAAAGGGCGGAAAAUUCCAGCAAAAUUCCAUCGACUGUAGCUAGUAGCAGUAUCGAUUUAGAUUCGAUGCUAGACGAAGAAAAUAACACCAGUGAUGAAGAUAUCAGCGUUACAGAUACUCGAGCGAUUAGAAAACAGUUGGAAGGAUUGGAGAAUAUGUAUACCGAGGUCAUGAAACUAUUAGGCGUUAGAAAAUCACAGAGCAGGUAUCAGACAGAUCCGAGGAUCCAUAAACGUCGGUUAUAUGGAAGUAUGUCCUCGUUACCGUCAUCAGUUAGCAGUCGCCCAAUCAGAGAUAGGCAUAGAAGACCCGAAGAUCGUAAAAAAUUUGUCCGCGAUAUAAAAGGUAUAAAUAAGAGAUUUCAAAGAUUAGAAUCGCACGUGGUAACACUGGCUCGAAGCGUUGCUCAUUUAUCUUCUGAAAUGCGAACUCAACAUCUAAUGAUACAGGAAAUGGAAGUUAUACGAGGAGAACUGAAUAAUUUAAGAGCUCAGACAAAUAUGCUCACUGUGAGGUCGCAAUCGAUGCCGAGAUUUUUCCCGAUUCCUAACGCCGAGCAAACCAAUUCCAGUCCUGAUAAAAUGAAAAAACUCACCAAAUUUUUUGGAGAUGAGCCACCAUUAUUGAGAUUAUUUUUGAAAAAAUUAGGAUACGAGAAAUAUGCCCCUGUUUUUGAAAAAGAACGAGUAGGUUUGGUGGAAUUACCUUAUAUGUCAGAAGAAAGAUUACAAAAAUUAGGUAUACCGAUGGGACCUCGAUUACGAAUAUUGCAAGAGGCUCAAUUAGGUUUUCCUGGUGCUCAUGAAAAUACUCUAUGUAUCGUUUAAUUUAUUUUUAUUGAUUUUUUAAAAACCAAAGAUGACGAAUUUAUUCAUAAUAUACGAAUUUUUUGCCAUUUAUAGAGUCGACUGCAUUGUAAUAAAAUACUAUACCUACAACUAUUAUUUAAUGUAAAAUAAUUACUGAUGUAAUAAUCAAAAUCUUAAUAUGCUUAUCACCUUGAUAGGUAAGUGUACUAUUGAAUUGUAAGGCUGAAUAUUAAUCAAAACUACCUGUACAUACAAGUGUAAAUUUUAUUUUGUAUAUUUUGUAAAAAAAAAAAUAAUAAAUCGAUUGUUCAUUUUUCAA